CAGUUCCACUUCCGGGGCCGCCGGAAGCAGUUUUGCGAUGGCAACUUCUGCGGACGCGCCUGCCAAAGAACCUCGGAAACGUGACGCUCAGCCGCAGAAGCAGAAGCGAGAGACCCAAGAUGAGGCAGAGCUCCUCACUGUUCCUGAUGGUUGGAAGGAACCAGCUUUUUCCAAAGAGGACAAUCCCAGAGGACUCUUGGAGGAAAGCAGCUUUGCAACCUUGUUCCCAAAAUACCGCGAGGCCUACCUGAAGGAGUGCUGGCCGCUGGUGCAGAAAGCCUUGAAUGAGCAUCAUGUUAAAGCAACGCUGGACUUGAUCGAGGGUAGCAUGACUGUUUGUACAACAAAGAAGACGUUUGACCCUUACAUCAUCAUAAGGGCCCGAGACUUAAUAAAGCUCUUGGCGAGGAGCGUUUCCUUUGAACAGGCAGUACGGAUACUUCAGGAUGAUGUUGCAUGUGACAUCAUUAAAAUCGGCUCUCUAGUGAGAAAUAAAGAGAGAUUUGUGAAGAGAAGACAGCGGCUUAUUGGUCCCAAAGGCUCUACCUUGAAGGCACUGGAGCUCCUGACAAACUGUUACGUCAUGGUUCAGGGGAACACAGUCUCAGUCAUCGGGCCUUUCAGUGGCCUCAAAGAGGUUCGAAAAGUAGUCCUUGAUACCAUGAAGAAUAUCCAUCCAAUUUAUAACAUUAAAACCUUGAUGAUUAAACGAGAGUUGGCAAAAGAUUCCGAGUUACGAUCACAAAGUUGGGAAAGAUUUUUGCCACAGUUCAAGCACAAAAAUGUGAAUAAGCGCAAGGAACCAAAGAAGAAGAGUGUCAAGAAGGAGUACACGCCCUUCCCUCCCCCACAGCCAGAGAGCCAGAUUGAUAAAGAAUUGGCCAGUGGUGAAUACUUUCUGAAGGCGAAUCAGAAGAAGCGGCAGAAAAUGGAAGCAAUAAAGGCUAAGCAAGCAGAAGCUCUUACAAAGAGGCAGGAGGAACGAAACAAAGCGUUUAUUCCACCUAAGGAAAAGCCAGCUGUGAAGCCAAAGGAAGCUUCAACUGAAACUAAGAUCGAUGUGGCUGCCAUCAAGGAAAAGGUUAAGAAAGCAAAGACCAAGAAACUGGGCGCUCUUACAGCGGAGGAAGUUAAACUCAAGAUGGAGGCUGAUGAAAAGAAGCAGAAGAGAAAAAAGUAGCAUUGGAAAGAAAUCCCGAACUUUCUAAGGUGUUUCCUUUUGUAAAGGAUUUUGAGAUGUGAAGGCUGUAGUUGAGUCAAACUCAGAAAAUCAUGGACGUAUGCUUUGUAAAUAUGUAGGUGGUAGAUACCUAUGUGUACAUUGUCCAACCAGUCCCAGGCAUGUUUUGCCUGGAUGUUUUAGGAAUACCUGUUAUUUUAAAUUAUAUAGAUUUUUGGAAUUGAGACUAUUAGUCAUCAAAACUAAUGUUUGUUGCCAUUGGCUGGUCUUUAUAAUAUUCAAAACACUUGGUUUUGAGGAAAAUAAGUGCAAAAUUUCCACUCGGUUGCUUUUAUUAUUUUACUCCAGAAUUAAAAAAACAAAACAAAACAAAAAAAAACCCACAAACAGAAAAUCCAAGGCCUCUAAAUCAAAUCUGUCACUGUUCUGACUGAGGAAAUGGUACCAGAAAAAUGUGCAUGGGUAUCUACCCUGCAUGUAAGCAUGCGGGCCCUGCCCCCAGUGAGGCCAGAGGAGGGCACAGAACCCACUGGAACUAGAGGUGUGGGUGGUAGUGAGACAGUGUGGGGACUGGAAACCAGACACUGGCACUUUGCAAGAACAGCAAGUAUUCUUGAGAGCAAUUGGACUUAGAAUUAUUAAAAUGAGUGUUACAGAUCUGUAAAUCUCUCAGAUUUCCUGGGAGUACAUUACUUGCUAAAAUCAUAACCAUAGCAAUGUGGUCAGUCUGAAUUCAUAAUGCCAAAAGGCAAGUUAACUCUGUAGACUUAGAAAACUAAGAAGCCGGGCGCGGUAGCGCACGCCUUUAAUCCCAGCACUUGGGAGGCAGAGGCAGGUGGAUUUCUGAGUUCAAGGCCAGCCUGGUCU